AUGAGCUACUACAGCAGCUACUAUGGUGGCCUGGGCUAUGGCUAUGGUGGCCUAGGCUGUGGCUCUGGCUAUGGCUAUGGCUGUGGCUCUGGCUAUGGUGGCUAUGGCAGCUGUGGUUAUGGCUGUCACCACCCGCUGUGCUGUAAAAGAUACUGGUCCUAUGGCUGCUACUGA